GGACCGAUAGAGGAAAUGUGAAUCAAUAACAAUAUACAAGUAUAAUAUACCAUCGCAUUUUUCCACCUCACCGAGAAGUGAGAGGGACGUAAUUGAAACGAUAUGACCUCUCAGUAGGAGCUUGUAAACUACAUAUUUUAAAAGAUCAAUAAGACCCAGUUUUGUAUUACAUUUUCCAUCUGAAUGACAAUAUGAGUCCAAUACGACCUCACAGAGAGAUCAUCUAGACAGGUAGUAAUAUGUCUCUGUAACUGCAUUUCUCUAGAAUGACGUCAGAAUCUCCUGGGACCACCCUUCUUGUUUUACUAUCUAAAGUGGCUUAUAUGCUGGCCUAACUCUCAGUCGACCACCGGGGCAGAGACGAGGCCUGCAACAGGUUAUUUGAGGCCAUAGCCCGUCUAACUUAUCCCCCACGCAUACUGGAAUGUAUUUAUUUAUUUGAUACUUAGCAACAAGUAAUCAGGAAGACAGAUAUCACUGCAAAUGUUGCCUUCUACUCUCCACAUUAAUAAAAGGUGGUACAAAGACUAGCAUCGAUAUGCUUUCACCAGUGCUGCUCGUGGUGGCCUUGCUGACUGUCCUUACCGUCACCAUGGAGUCUGACCACUGGACAGCAGACCAGCAGGAAAAGUUCUGUACAUGGCAGUGUUUGAAGUUUACUCUGCAGUGGCCUGGGAGCUUCUGUUUGGGCCUAAAGAAUUCAUCACAGUGCAGAAUACCUCCAAACAUCCAGACAUGGACGAUCCAUGGACUAUGGCCUUCGAAAGCUCAUACAUGUUGUAGCUGCUGGCCAAUAUUCCACUCUGACCUCAAGGAGCUGGACCCUGAACUCUCUCAACUUUGGCCAUCCCUACUCAAGACUCAAUCCAGUUUUCUCUUCUGGAAAGAUGAAUGGAUCAAACAUGGCUCUUGUGCUGCUUGUGUGGAGGGCAUGAACUCUCCCUUGCGUUACUUCCAGAUAUGUCUGAAACUACGCGGGCGCUUCGAUAUUGACCGAGCCUUGGAGGACGCAGGCAUAAAGCCCUCCUGUAACCAGUCUUAUCCAUACGAUAAAGUCAACCAUGCUCUGGCCCCAGUCAUUGGAGAUGACCCCGAUGUCCAGAUUCAGUGUAUAAAUGAUGAAAAGGGACGAGAAGUAUUGGUCCAGGUGAAGAUCCCUCUGUCUCAAAACCUCACCCUUGGAUGUCAUCAGAAAGAGGACCAGGGAGCUGAACCAGAACCUCCCCAGCUUUGGCACACCUUUCCUGGGCACCCCUGUCCACAGGACUCCACCGUCUUCUACUUCCCUAUAAACCACGACCACCCACACCAGCCAUGUGACUAGUGUUACGUCUGUCCUCACCACAGACGGGGCUGCCAUGCCUACCUAAUGAUAAGCAAGUUCUUGAGGCACUCAUGUAAUACGCAGGCACUUUUUGUCCUUUAAGUAUUUUUGUUUUGCAAACAUGCUUUUGGUGAGUCCAAAUAUACAUUUUGUUGGCAAAAUAAACAAGUAUUUUAAAGCA